AUUCUCAAAUUAACCGCAGAUGGCCAGCAGUGAACCUGUUUUUUUUUUCUCCUUGAACUACAGUUGAAAUCAGGAAUAAACCUGAAAUGAGAACUGAGAAAUAGCCACUGGAAAAAAUUACGACAAAUAACUACUUUUAGCCCCUGAAAUGGGGAACAAAGGGAACCCCGUCAAAAACAAAAACAAGUAAAUUCCUAAAAAACGCGAUUUGUACAGGAGGAACCCUCGAAACGCGACUACCGUAAAUUAGUUUUGGGCUAGUUAUAAUGAACAAUUGAACGGGUUUUGUUGUGAAAACCUGGCAACUCUGCUACGAUACUGUUUAUCCGAGACAUCACAAUGGUCACCACUCGCUACUCGCUUUCUUUUACUGUCUAUGCUCGCUAGAGGGAGCGCGCGCGACAUUAAUCCGGUACGUCUUGAUGACGUCACUUUCCUCUGCGACGAAUUUGACGAAGCGCGGCGCUAGAAACUAGAAUGUAAACAUGAUGUUUUGGACAUGUUAGACAACACAAAGGAAGGUGAACAUGGACGUCGUGAGCCAUUCCAUUCGUGAGCGCACCAUUGCUGAGAACAGUCUGGUGAUUCUUCUGCAGGGUCUGCAUGGCCAGGUGACCACCACUGACCUGCGAGAUGAGAGCACAGCGAGGGGACGCAUUAUUAACGUCGAUGCUUUCAUGAACAUCCGGCUGGAGAAGGUUCUGUACAGGGACAGACGUGGAUUCAUGUCCAGUAUGGACGACUUGUUCAUCACUGGCAGAAAUGUGCAUUACGUCCACAUCCCAGACCACAUGAACAUCAUAGAGACAAUAGAGACCCAGCUCGCAAAAAUACACCGUGUGCGAAACUUUGGAGCAAGCAGUGGACGCAAAGAAUACUCUAAGAAUAGAUUUUCUGAUAAACUAAUGUUUGUGAAAUAGAUGGUUUUGUAAUGCACAGUUUUAUUUUUCAUUAAGCAAUGCAAUCAUGGAGCGAAAAAGGAAUAUAUAGUUAAAAUGUUGCUAGUUGGUGAUCGAAAAAGCUCUGAAUAGUGUCUCUAGGAAAAGUGUGGGCAAAGUUAUUUCUGUUUAUUUUGUUUUGCUCUAGUGGUCUGAAAAAAAAAAACAAUAAACAGUGAAAUAACCAUGA